AUGACAGAAAAUCAACCCAUCAGACCAUUUGUAGUAUUGGAUGAUGUACGAGAAGCAAAUCAAUUGCUGUAUCUAAACUUUAAUUGUGAUACCAUUGUCACGACUAGAAAUGCAGAUAUCGCUUCAAAGCUUAAUCGAGAGAAAUGUGUAAUACAUAUAAAAGAAUUAUUAACUGUAGAGCAUUGCAGAAACGUCAUGGCAUCGACUGCUAAAAUUCCUAUUUCAACUUUACCAAAAGCUGUAGAUCAAUUCAUUGAAAUUGUGGAUCAUUCAGCCUUGAUCUUAACACUGUUUGGGAUUUUAGUACAACACGAUAAAGAUAAAUGGAAUAUAUCAGAUAACAAAUGGUUAAAUCAAUACCAAUCACAGUAUGACACUAAAACCAUGUUGCACAAGCUUAUUGAUAUGCUUUUGAGUAACUUAAACGAGAGCGAUCUGAAUUUGAUUUUAAAACUGGAUAUAUUUGAAGAAAAUACCAUAAUACCUAUUAACACGUUAUCCAUGUAUUGGGGCGUUAAUCAACAUUACUGUAUUAGCAUAAUGAAUUCUCUGGUUCAUCGAUUUUUAGCUACUGAAAACGUCGUAAAUACUAAGAAUAUCGGCUAUUCUUUAAAUGACUAUAUGGCCGAUUAUAUACGAAGCCGUCACUGCGUCAGCGAUGCAAAAGCAAAUCAUGUUACAUUAUUAGAUUUAUACAAGAAGUCUUGUCAGGGGGACUGGGUUCAGUUAAGAAAUGAUGAUUAUAUACAUGAUCAUCUCGUUGAUCACGUUAUUGGCGCAGAUGAUAAGAAAACUAUGAAGGAGUUGUUAACGAAUUUUAAAUGGCUACAAAUAAGACUCAAAAAUAAAUCGUCUUAUGCUUUAUUACAUGACUUUAUUAAAAGUCGUUCCAUUCUUGAUUUCGAGGAAUGGAAUCAUCUUCAUGACUACUGGUAUCUUGUACGGGAUAGUCAUAGUUCCAUAAAUCUAUGCCAGGAUGGAAGUUUAAUUCAGCUAGCAUUAAGCAGACCUUGGUGGCGAGAUUUUUACAAGGAAGUUGAAAGUAAGGCCAUUGAAGAUUGCAAAGAAACAACAUUUUUUAAGUGGAAUAACUGCUAUAACCAGCGAAAUGAAUUUCAAAUCUGUAUUGCCACAUUGGAACCCACUUCAGAAUCUAUAACUAGCUCUUGCUUCUCAUCAGAUGGAACAAUGUUAGCUUGUUGCGAUAAGAUUGGAAAUAUUAUUAUAUAUGAUACCAUUUUAUGGACUCCGUUGUACUCCUUUCAUAGUACUAAGGGUAAAAUCUCGAAUUGUUCCUUUUCACCCGAUUGUCAGAAAAUUGCGUUAUCUUUUCACUGCGGUAAAACUGAGGUAUGGAACAUCAAUAACGAAAAAAUACUCAUCGAACAUGGCUAUCAUACUGCCAAAGUCAAUUGGUCAGAAUUUUCUCCAAGUGGACAAGAAGUUGUUUCCUGUUCGGAUGAUAGGCUGAUUAUGAUUUGGAAUUCAAAUACUGGCAAUAAUAUCGUCACCUGUCGUGGUCAUAAAAAUAUGGUUAUAGAUUGUCAUUAUUCUAAAGAUGGAGGUAGAAUUCUUUCCUGUUCAUGGGAUAAAACAAUUCAGAUAUGGGACACCACAUUUGGAACUAGUCUUCUUGUUUGUGCGAUAACUGAAGAUUGGCCCAUUUUUUGUUCAUUCCUUGAUCAUGAUCAACAUAUUAUGUGUGGAUGUGAACAUCGAGUUUAUAUAUGGGAUUCUAGUACCGGUGACGCUAUUGAUAAGCUUACUAGUACAUGCAGAGAUAGAGUGUCAUUAUAUGAUGUCACUGCAAAUGGCAAAAUGGCAGUUCGAUGCUUAUUUGGUAGUAAUUUAGUAGAGGUUAUUGAUACAUCAUCCGGUCAAACAUCUAUUGUAACAGAUGAUGGGCAUCACGAUUUAAUAACGUGUGCAAAAAUCUCGCCUAAUAGUAAAAUUAUUGCUACUACGUCUAAGGAUACCCUGUUAAAGUUAUGGCUAGUUCAGCCAUUCAAAGAAAAUAUGGAAAAGGCCGAUAAGAAGCCUAUGCAUCUUUUAGAUUGCAGUUUUAUUGGUAACGUACCACAUAUUAUUUCCGGAGAAUAUGAACAAUGGGAAGGACAAGCUAUUGAGGUUUUAUUUUGGGAUACAUUUGUUUUUGAUUGUGGUAAGGAUGUUCGCUUUGUAAAAGAAACCUGUAAAGAGGAUUGGAAAUGCGUUAAAUGCUGUUCCUUGUCGCAUAAUGGAAAUCUGCUAGCCGUAGGCUUUGCUUUUGGUAAAGUUAAGAUGUUACACCACGACAACUUGGAGGUUGACUGGUCAAUUAAUAAUCUACAGUUGCAUGUUAACAAUUUAACAUUCAACUCUACCGACGAGGUUCUUAUGAUUGUCAAUUCUAUCAAUGGAGAUAUUGUCAAUAAAUUUAUAUCUGAAGAUCAGAUUUGCUUUUAUAAAUUUUUGGAAAGCUCAAAUAUCCUACUUAUUGGUGCUGCACGUGGAGAAAUGCAGGCCUACAAUAUUUAUGAAAAUUCCAAAUCGAUCGACUCAUUAUCUAUACCUGGGAAGAUUAUUCAUCACGACUUAGCAUUAGAUGAUGCUGAAUGUGCUGUAAUACUAGAAGAUAAAGAUUCCAAGGCCUGCAUAGUGUGGAACUGUGUCAGUUUUAAAAUAACUCAUACUGUGGAUAGUAAUACUUGCAUUUCGACAUGUAAAUUCUCAACCAAAUGUGAUAAAUUAGCUAUAGGCUACGAUUAUGGAACGUUUAAGAUUUGGGAAACGACUUCAUGGACAUUAUUAACUAGUUUCGAUGGACAUCUUGGUUCUAUUCAAACAUUAUACUUUUCAGCAGAUGAUAAAAUCAUUCUUACUGGAGGCAAUCAGGAAAGGAAUAAUGCUGGUGAUUAUAUUAGCAACCAUUUUUCCCAUAAGGGAUUAUUAUAA